AGACCUCAAUGCGGGUUACCACAAACAAGAAACCUGAUCCUGUAGUAGUCCCAAUGUAAUGACAUCUUUCGUAUUUCUUCCACUGCGCAGUUUAUGUUCUCUUUGUCAGACUACUGAAUUGAUCCGUGCUGAGGCUUUCUCUCUUCUAGGAAGUGUCGCCUAUACCCUGGCCACCUUAGAUUGUUUUUGUGCGUUAUCGCGAUAAUUUUUGCUCCUAACAAAGUGUUGAUGUUAUAAUACUAUUUCAUAGUAGCAUAUAUGCGACUACUAUUUGAUGAUAUAGUAUCCUCCCUAUAAAACGGGGUGUGACGUAUGGAUGUUGUCUCCGAAUCAUCCUCAAGGAUGUUUUUGCAGACUGUCGCCAGCUCUGCAGCUGUAGUGUGACGUGAAUAAAAGUUUCAAGAUAAAUAAAUGCUAGUCUACACUCGUUGUAUCUUUGCAGGUGAUAAAAUGAGUCAUCUUUCGUUGCUCUCAUGGAAUGUGUUCCACGAUCCACAGUUUUGGCAACACUUCGAAAAGGAGGUGAAGGAAAAGACAUGGAGUUGCGAAUUCAACAAUGACAUCCUACAAUCGAGCCUGGAGAAUGAUGCCGCCCUUUAUGACGAUCCUACAACCUUCAAGAAGCGCAGGAGUGGCGUUCAACAGUGGACAAUGAACACCGCCCUCUGGGUAGCCACUGUUCUGGGUGCCUGCAAGGAGCUCAGCAACGGAGAGAAUGGUGAAUAUGUGCGACAACUUGACGAGUUAAAGAUUUUGGAAGCGUUUUCUGACUAUUUGGAUCAUUUGAAUUUCUUCCAAAUGGUAGCUGAUAAGAUGGCUUCACUAGGACAGAGGGUGAAACCUCUAAGCCAGGAUUCAUCAGGAAUCCACGACAUCGAUAAACUAGAUCCCAUCAUGUUGGUUGGUUACUCAGAGAAAUUCGAGGACAUGAUGAACACUUCUAUUUGGAAUCUGUGCGUGGACAGGCACACCAAAGUGAACCCACACCACCAGGCGCACUGCAUGUGGAACGGCUGUUGCGAGGAUACGAAUGGCUGCACGUUCUGCGAAGACAACAAGAUCAAAGCCCUGCGCGAGAUGAUCUGCGACAAAGUGUCCAGAAGAGUCCAGAAAAACUUGGGUGGAAAACUUUCUAAAGAUAUGUGGGACGUGGACAUCGCCUUCUUCUCCGGACUUCCCGAGGAUUGGCUCGAGAAAGCGAAAAGCAUGAUGAUGGAAUUAAAAGGAAAUGAUACAUAUACUUAGCUGGAAGCACUAUGCGUACUUUAAAACGUUUUAUGUAGUUUUAACUAUUUAAACCGUAACAACCAUUAAUGUAUCUCAUAUAAAGCUGAAUCGCUGUAAAAUUUUAAUGAUGUGGGUGCAGUUGGAGCACUGCAUUGUUAAACAUUGUUGCAAUUUUGAAAAGGUCUCAUGCUAAACUGUUUCAACAUUGUUGAAACUUUGAAAAGGUGUUAUGUUGAACAUAUUCUACGCUAUUCAACAUUGUUGUAACUUAGAAAAGGUGCUAUGCUUAACUAAUAUAUUUAGCGUUGUAUAACAUUGUUGCAAUUUCGAAACUGCGUCAUGUUGAACUAAAUUGUCAGUACAAGUUAAUUAUUUUCAUACUUAAUUACAGUAUAUGAUACUAAUAUUAAAUUUAAGCGAAAAUAUUUUUAAAUUUAAUCCUUAUUUAGGUUGCAACAAAUAUGCCAAGGUUUAGCCUUAAAUCGAAUUUGUUUAGCCAGUGCAUAUGAAGUUAUAAAUUUGUAUUUGAAAUUAAAUUUAGCAGAAGUUAUUUAUUUUGAUUGAUAAAUAUUAUCGCAUUCUAUAAAAUUUUCAUAAUUUACAAUUGAAAUGGCUUUAAAACAGUUAAACAGAUUUAGACUUUGCUUGUUUUAUUUUGUAAUACUUUUUGCAAAACAAAGACUUAAUUCAAAUUAUUAGAAAAAUAAUAAAUUAAUUAAUUAAAAAAAUCAUCUUGUAUGCUGAAUGACACCUACCAAAUGUGAUGCAGUGAGUGACGUCAUAUUUUAUACAUUUUAUUUAAAUCGACAGUGUUAUAUUGUUUAUUUUCCUUAAAACUCAAAUAUUUAUUAUAUGAGUAUAUAUUAUAUGACUUAAUAUGUUAUUACCUUAAUAUUAUUUAUCAAUGACAUAUUGUAAUACCCUUUAUUAUAUGAGUAAGAACUUAGGCAAUAAAAUAAUAUGAAACUUG